CUAUUUUCCCAUCAUCAAUAUUCAACAUAAACUCGUUUAGGUUCUCUGGUUGUUCUGGAUAAUAAACGAAGUGUCUAUAUUUGUGUUGUAGUCAUGGCAACUCCUGGUUCCUAUCAACACCACUGUAAAGACAUCUGAACCAUUUCAUACCAAACCCUCUGAAUCUCUCUGUUUACAUCUCACACACUGGAUUAUGCAGAAAUUUUGAAUUUGAUGGAAUUCCCCAAGGUGGAAGGUUACCUUCAGAUAAAGCAUGACUAAGUCGUCUGUAUGUGACUCAUCUGUCCUGUUUACUGCUCAGUAACUUGGUUUUAUGACUAGCAAAGAUCAAAAGUUCAAGACUGCAGACGUCUCUACAGCUUUCACUACCAAUGGAAGGCAAAAUGGAGGGCUCUGCUGAGAUAGGAGACAUUAUUCGUUAUGGCCAGUUUGGGGACUUAAUUGAAUUCUCUUACCCGAUUGGCUUCUCACACUGGGGUGUGUAUGAAGGAGACGGGCACAUAGUUCAUUUUGCAGUAGGAGAUGAGAAUGAGCUGCAGAGAAGGUUCCGUGUGCACGUGCUACAGAGAGUGUUCCCCUCAUCUGGUAACAUUCUUCUUGGACACACUAAGGUCCAGCGGGAGCACAUCACCCAGGUGCCAGUCCCUAAAGGAGCUCAUAUCAAAAUCAGCAAUAACUGCCAUCACAGUCCAGCAUCUACAGCCACAGACAUGAGGAGGCGAAUGUACGGCCUGCUGGACGAAGUUCUUGAGUACAACCUGUUAAUGCACAACUGUGAACAUUUCGCCACGUUUGUGCGGUACGGAGUGGCCAUGUGUAAUCAGAUUCCACUACACAAACACAAGGAGCAGAGGACGGCGACAGCACUGUUCAAGGACAUCAUAUCUAAGAGGAGCUGGAAAACACAGUUUUGAAAGUACUGGACCUCAAUGCGAGUGAAAUAAGUGGCUCGUAGUUUCAUGCAGACUGACGUCGUUAUGAUUAGAGGUGGGCAACAUGACGAUAUGCUGUUGUUAUUGUGAUAUAUUAUGUAACGAUAUUCUUUUGUGAGUAUGACAGUAUGACAUCAUCUUAUUUUAAUAAUUUAUUGAUUUUUCCUCCUGGUCCUUCUUAGUUCAAUUCUGCAAAUAUUUGACACGUUUAGUUUUUCUAGCCUUUUUAAAAAUAUGGCUAAUUAAAACAUAAUAAUAUAACAUAUUAUAUAAUAAUAUAACAUAUUAUUGUUUUGUCUCUUUACACAUAUAAAGUCAGCAGAGCACACCAGGCCUGGUCCAAUGUGGCUGUCCAGAUACAAUUUCAAUAAAGUGGCCACUUCAUCAGAAGCCCCCCCCCCCUUCUGUUAUCCUUUAGUCCUUGUUGAAUCAGCCCUAACGAGCCAGGCCU